GGGCGUGGUGGGGAUGCCCUGCUCAGCAGUGUGUGAAGUGAAUAAAACUCGUUGUAUUCUCGCAAAAUCUAUCAUUUUAUGGCUUCUUAGUGUUUAGUGAUAACAUCGGAUAGAGCACCAAAUGAGCGUCUAGUCCGAGUCGUGUGAGUGGCAAAGCAGCAGCAGCAGCAGAGUUGUGGAGUGUGCAAAACAGUGCAGGGAUUCAGCCGAAAGGAAAACGCUCCGAAGGAUAUCGAAAACGCGUUUGAUCCUUCUUCGUUGUGUUGUGCUAAAGUGCAAAAGUUAAAACAGUGCGAUCGUAGCAAGAUGUCGCUCAAGAAGGUGGUGUCGAUCCUGGUGAUCUGCGUGGUCGCCGUACAGGGUGCCAGUGUGGCGAACCAGAAGGACACGAGCGGGGUCACCGAGCUGAGCUGGGCCUGCAUCAACAAUUUGAACUGCGUCGCGGGUCUGGCGAAGGAUGUCGUCCAGAAGCUGCAGGCACGCCGUUCGAUCGACUUCGGCGUGUUCAGCGUACAGCCCGUCGAGCAGAUCCCGCUGAGCGUGGAAGGACGUUCGUCCCGUGCACUAGACUUCCUGAGCUCGAACGCACUCCAGGUGCCGGUUGGACCGACCGUGCUCAACAUUGAGCGAUCGGCUGACUACCCGAACUAUGUUGAGGUGUCGCUGCUCAAGAAGGAAGACGGAGCCCGCGGACGCACCCGCAAGCAUAUGCGCUUCUUUGUGCCCGCGUUCCUGGUCUUCAGCCAGAUCGGCUGGUAUGCGCUUGCCAUCGCCGGCGUAAAGCUGCUUGCGAUUAAGGCCUUUUUGGUCGCUAAAAUUGCCCUAAUUGUCGUAGCAAUGAUGACGUUCAAAAAGCUCAUGGAACCGGUCGCUGUCAUGCCAGCGCCGUACUUCGACCAUCCGGAACCGUUCAUGAUGCCGUACGGUAUGGACUUCCACCAUGGGUUCGGUGGUGCUAGCAACGACAUGUACUCGAUGGGACUGGGCGGCCAUUUGGGACACCACGACGGACCGUCGGCACUGCACGCAUCCGAGGGUGGCCUCGGAGCAGCCAGCAACGUCAAUGCGGCCGUCGUCGAUGCAGCCGCUUCCACCGCUACGGACAAGUCCAGCAGCUCUCCGGCACAGCCCGUUGCGGUUGCUGGCGGUAGCGAGCGCCAUCAUUUCAGCGCCGGCAGCAAGAUCAAACGGCAAGAUGUCUACUCGCAGCCCCAGGCAGCCAAAUACUUCAGAUAGGCGAAACCAGGUGACCAGCACCAGACACUUACACACACAUUCACUCAAACCCAACGUGACCAGCAAGGCGCUUAACUGCAGAGCAAGAAGAAGCAAAAGGAAAGAAAAAAAAGCGUACGACACUCAAGAACUGAAAACUGAUGCGGUGUUGAAGAUCGCUACAAAACUGGAAAGAUCGUCCUACCCGCCAUGGUGGUGUCUGUUGUAUUAUUUGUUUCCAAAACAAUUUGAUGUCUCCCGGUCGCCACCCCCGGCCGGGUGGUGAUCGCGCCGAAGACAGUGAAGCUGACGAAUGACUCUGUUUUGCCAAAAAAAGCCAACGAUCCUCCAAAGAUCGUGUAUCCUUUCCCAUCGCCCCAAUCCAUUAUUCCGCGUACCUUACUCCAAGCAUCCUUCAAAUAAAGCAUAUUUAUUUAUUUAUUUAUUACUUGUGACGGAAAA